UCAAACAGGUUGAAGGUGAGAAGGCGCAUCGCGCAGGCUGUGCCGGCACUUUUACGCGCGGAGAGGACAACAAAAGGGAGCAUGAAGCUCGAGGUUGCGUGCGGGAACCAUCACAUGGCGAACCUCGACGAGACCGCCCGCGAGGAGCUGGGCUCGGACGGCGACUGCGCGGCGCACAGCCCCCUCGCCGGCAAAUCCAAGCCGUACACGCGCAGACCCAAGCCGCCGUUCUCCUACAUCGCCCUCAUCGCCAUGGCCAUCCGGGACUCGCCGUGCGGACGCCUGACCUUGGCCGAGAUCACCGAGUACCUCGUGAACAAGUUCCCCUUCUUCCGCGGCAGCUACACGGGCUGGAGGAACUCGGUGCGCCACAACCUGUCGCUCAACGACUGCUUCCGCAAGGUGCUGCGGGACCCGUCGCGGCCGUGGGGGAAGGACAACUUCUGGAUGCUCAACCCGCACAGCGAGUACACGUUCGCCGACGGCGUGUUCCGGCGAAGGCGGAAGCGCAUCGGCGUUCGGCGUGGGGGGUUGGGCGACGGCGCGGCGAGAAGGAGCCCGGCAGCGGCAGACGAGCCGCCGGCCGCCGCCGCCGCCGCCAAGUUCACGAGCUCCUUCACGAUAGACAGCCUCCUCAGCAAGCCCUUCGCGCGGGUCUCCGAUGGCGUCGGCCGCUACGCCGUCGUCGUGACGCCGCAUUCCGAUUGGCCUCUCGCCUCGCUUCGCGUCCGCCCGAGCGGCCUCGCGGAGCUGGGAGCUGCGCAUGCGCAGAGCUGUGGGCUUCGCUCGCACACUCGGUGAGCGCGCCGCCGACGAACGGAAGCGAGCGUCGGUCACGUGAGACUUACGGGAAAACAAAGACCAAAGACGCUCGACUCGUGCCAGAGAAAGCAGGGCCGAACUGUGUGCGAUGUGGGCCACUUGAGUGGAACACGACGCGAUUCAUCCGUUGGCGUGAGCGGCCACGAAAACGCUUCGUUGUGCCGUCUGCCAUCGAGCGGAAGAGCGUCCAAGAGUUCUGCCUGUCAGCGACGUACGCGCUUUGCUGUAAAUACAUUCCUGUUUGGGAAAAGGUCAUUUGAAAAAGCGAAACUGGAUUUUUUUAAUUUUUUUUUUAAACUUGAUGUUUGGUCACAGUUGCUUGUUUUGCCUGAGCAUUUGUUGUUACAUUUUCAAACCUUUUCAUGUUGUCUCUUAAAUUAAAAAAACAAAACAAACAAA